AUCGAUGAAGGAAGGGUACAAAUUCGUGUAAACGUUUUUCAUUGGUUGCAGGAAAGAAAAUAAAGGAAGUGUUUCGUUCACGCUGGAGUUAACUGGAAGAGAAAAGAAAGGAAACUGAUACAAAAGUAUCCAUACGAAAAAACAAAGUACUCCUUUAUAAUCAUGUCUGGCUCAUCAUUUAACAGAGGUCCCGCCUAUGGGUUUUCUGCAGAAGUCAAAAGCAAGAUUGCCGGAAAGUAUGACCCUCAGAGAGAGGAGGAGCUAAGGGUCUGGAUCGAGGAUGUGACAGGAUGUGUUAUUGGGGAGGACUUCCAGAAAGGCCUGAAAAAUGGUGUCAUCCUGUGCGAACUGAUCAACAAACUUCAACCUGGCUCUGUGAAAAAGAUCAACUCGUCCACUAUGAAUUGGCAUCAGCUGGAGAACAUCACCAACUUCAUCAAAUCCAUCCAAACGUACGGCCUGAAGCCCCACGACAUCUUUGAGGCCAACGACCUCUUUGACAGUGGGAACAUGACCCAGGUCCAGAGCACCCUGUUGUCUCUUGCUGGCACGGCCAAGACCAAGGGCUGCCAGUCCCGAGUGGACAUUGGGGUGAAGUACGCAGACAAACAGGAGAGGCUAUUCGACGAGGAGAAGAUGAAGGCCGGACAUUGUGUCAUCGGACUGCAGAUGGGGACGAAUAAGUGUGCCAGCCAGGCGGGCAUGAAUGCAUACGGCACCAGGAGGCACCUUUACGACCCCAAGGCUCACAUCCUGCCCCCCAUGGACAACUCUACCAUCAGUCUGCAAAUGGGCACCAACAAGGGGGCCAGCCAGGCUGGCAUGACAGCUCCAGGAACCCGCCGUGCCAUCUACGACCAGAAGCUGGGCACAGACAAGUGUGACAACAGCACCAUGUCGCUGCAGAUGGGCUCCAACGCAGGCGCCAACCAGAGUGGGCAGAACUUUGGCCUGGGUCGUCAGAUCUACGACGCCAAGUACUGCCCCAAGAAUGAGGAGGAGGUGAACGGGGCCGGGGCCGACUAUGUUGCCAACUACCAAGACGAGGGUUACCAAGAAUACAAAGAUGACACGGUGCCGGUGUACCAAGAAGAGGGGACGGAUUAUUAAAAGAGGAAAUAUUUAUUUUGUUUGCAAAAUCAGAACUGGAGCCAAGGUUUGUUUUCUUUGGGUUAGAGUAUCUUGGGGGGAAAAACAUUCAGGCUUUCAACAUUCCAAGCUGGGUACUGGAUUAAUUUUGUCAGUUAUCUUCAUUGUUUAAUGUUUUACUGGAUUCACUGAUGUCUGAAAAGAGGACCAGACUUAUUUUAGAUUUUGAACUCUGCCAUUCAAAGGGAUUAUUUUUAUAUUUCUGAUUUAAAAAUGUUUUUUUUUUUACCUAGACUGAAGGAAAAUGUGCUUUUACUAUCUUUGGUAUUAUAUACAUUCCUUGUGCUCUGCUUCGGGUCCUUUUCAAUAUAAAUGGAAACAUCUGUUAAUGUUUGGAAGUGUGCAUGACAAGUGAAAUAAAGAUGGACAUUGAAUACCAA